UUCAAAACCGCGGCGAGUAGCUUCUUUGUCCGGUCAAGAUCGCCGGCUCAUCCACACAUAAAUAAUACACCCACGCCACAAAGGGGAGAGGAAGCAUGGAGCACCAGCGACGGGAGCCGGCGCCGGAGACGGAGGUCACCCUGCGCGAGUUCACCGAGGCCGACGCGGAGGCGCUCUUCGCGUGGGCGUCGGACCCGCGCGUGGUCCUCUUCCAGCGCCGCGAGGCCUACGCGCGCGUCGACGAGGCCCGCCGCUACAUCCGCGACCACGUCCUCCCGCACCCGUGGUACCGCGCCAUCUGCCUCGGCGCCGUGGCGGUGGGAUCCAUCUCCGUCAAGCCCUGCGGCCCCGCGGGGGAGGAGGAGGGCGCGUCGUCGUCGAGGGCGUCCCUGGGCUACCGCGUCGCGCACGGCUACUGGGGCCGCGGCAUCGCGACGCGCGCGGUGGGGAUGGCCGCGGCGGCGGCGUUCGCGGAGUGGCUGUGGCUGGCGCGGCUGGAGGCGGUGGCCGACGUGGAGAACCCGGCGUCGCAGCGGGUGCUGGAGAAGGCCGGGUUCGUGAGGGAGGGCCUGCUCCGGCGCUACGUCGUGCUCAAGGGCCGGCCCAGGGACAUGGUCAUGUUCAGCGUCGUCCGCUCGGAUCGGGCGCCAAAAUUACGAGUGACAGAACCAUUUUUGAAUUGAAUAAGGAGUAGGUGUCGUUGGCUGCUCUGAUUGACUCGUACGUAAAUUCUCAAUCGCCAAAGAUCACAAUCAUACUACACUAGCAGAGGCAGGCGGGGAGCGAUGGACCUUGACGACGGCGACGCGCGGCGGCAAAAGGAGGCGGAGGGCCCGGUGGUGUCGCUCCGGCCGCUGGGCCACUGGGGCCGCGGCGUCGCCUCCGCCGCCAUCAGGAUGGUGGUUGGGAGGGUGUUCGAGGAUCUGCCGGGGCUGGGGAGGCUGGAGGCGGUGACGGACGUCGGGAACGCGCGGUCGCAGCGGGCGCUGGAGAAGGCCGGGUUCCACAGGGAAGGGGUGCUGCGCAGCUACAUCGUCCGCCCCGGCGCCGGCGCCGGCGAGGCCGUGGACGCCGCGGUGUACAGCUUCUUGUCGUCCGACCCUCGUCCACCGCUCGCGUGAUCCUCGCGCCCGAUGUUUCGCUCGCUCGCCACUUUGUGUCGUGUAAGCCUCCACUGUAAAUAACAAGUUCAAAUCCCCCCUAAAAUAAAAAUAAAAAAAAUAACAAGUUCAAAUCUGAAGCCGUGAUGAUUGCCAGUAUGUAAUGUAGUCUGAUCAUGUUUGCUGAAGGAGUUCCAUCAGCAGCAGAGACCUGCUUGGGAACAUUCCCAUACAAAAAUGCUUCAGUCUUCAACUUUAGAACCUAUGAACAAUC